UUGCAAGCGAAAAUAUUAAUUAAUUCGGCGCAUUUAAACCGUGAAAAGAAAAAAAGAUAACACGAGAUCAAGGAUUACGGUUUAAGCGGCCAUAAGCAAGAGAAAGCGCGAAAAAAGGGAAGCGCGUUAAUAAUAAUAAUAUCGCUUGUCACCUGCGCCCGUGCGUGUGUGUGUGUGUGAGUGUGCGCGCGUGUGUUUGUGCUUUGUUCUGCGAGGGUUUCGUUGCGUUUUGGAAAUGGCAAAGAAAACCUACGAUUUGCUCUUCAAACUGUUGCUGAUUGGCGAUUCGGGAGUGGGAAAGACGUGCAUAUUGUUCCGGUUCUCGGAUGAUGCAUUUACGUCCACGUUCAUAUCGACCAUAGGCAUCGAUUUCAAAAUCAAAACAGUUGAGCUGCGCGGCAAGAAGAUCAAGCUGCAAAUAUGGGACACUGCCGGCCAGGAGCGAUUCCACACGAUAACCACCUCGUACUAUCGGGGCGCCAUGGGCAUAAUGCUCGUCUAUGACAUAACGAACGAGAAGAGCUUCGAGAAUAUAGUCAAAUGGUUACGAAAUAUAGACGAGCACGCCAACGAGGAUGUGGAGAAGAUGAUCCUGGGCAACAAGUGCGACAUGACAGACAAGCGGGUGGUCAACAAGGAGCGCGGCGAAGCGAUUGCCCGUGAACAUGGCAUUCGGUUUAUGGAAACAUCCGCCAAAUCGAACAUAAACAUCGAGCGUGCCUUCUGUGAGCUCGCCGAGGCCAUUCUGGACAAGACAUCGGGACGCGAGUCGGCGGAGAACCAGGAGCGCGUGAUCAUCGACCGCCGGAACCAAGAGAAGGCGCCGGGCUACAGCAAGUGCUGCGCGUAAAAAGCGGCGUUCCAGACGAACGGGGCGUGCUUUGGCCCGGUUUGUGCUUAGCUGUACGUGGGGAAGGCGGCGAAGGACAGAAUGGAUUGGACUGGAUGGGAUCGGGACGAAUUGGAACAGAACGGAACGGAAAGCGGUGGGGAUCGGUUUCUGAAACCGCUCUGCACGAACGAAGGGAUACAAAGCAAUAGAGCCGGGGUCAUUCGCACGUUGGGAACUUACUUAUUACGAGGAUACGCAGAUGGAACAAGCAACAGAAACAACCUACCUAAAGUUUAACAACAACAAAAGCAACAGAUAUUGUAAUACGAACAUUUGGAAGCAACUUUACAAAACUCCGAACGAUGGUGGUCAGGUGGAAUGGACCACGUUAGUUAACGCACACCUAACUUGGACACGGCUCCGUUGAAAGAAGGAGCACGGAUCUGCAUUUCGGGCCGCUCUCGAUCGGUUAACUAACGUGGCCAGAAGAUCAGCUCCAGCCACUGUCCAGCCACACGAUACGAUAAUGAUAGCGAAGACGCAGACAUAAGCAACUUUUGUAACGUACUUUUGAUAUACAUAUAGUCUUACGAUUCCUGUACUCAGUAAUUCGUUCGUCAUUCGAUUGUUCGUUCGUUCGCCAUCAAUCGCCCUCCCCUGCCGCCUCACUUAGUUUCGUUUCGUUUUGUUUUGCGUUUCAGCCUAGAUAUAAAUAACACCUAUACAUAUUAUACAUCGGAUAGUAUAUAGCCUAUACCUAGCUUGCUUUCGCUUUGUUUGUCGAUGCUAAGCCACCCAGGAGUUCGAUGGGGCGGGUGGGGAUGAACGCCCUGCUCUGCUCUGUUCCCUGGCCACUCAUCAAGCCAGGUCCUCGGCCAGAGCUGGAGUCGCAGUAGGAGUUCGAUAUAGAGAUCGAGGUGAACCGAAAUUGUUUUCUGAUUAUUGCCUAUAUAUAUACAUAUAUAUAUAUAACUACACACCGUAUAUCGCAUCGUUUUUAUGUGCAUUCGCGCUCGCACACCCAAUUUAUAUAUAUAUCUGUGUACACUUAAGGGGGCGUGGGUGUGCGCGCGUGUAUAUCUCCAUGUUUCUAUGUAAGGAUCGUGUAAGGUGCACGCCAUCAAUGUAGCAUUCGCAUUUGCAUUCGCAUCCGCAAGGGAGGAGCGCCCAAAACCAACGCACCAUCAAGCGCUCGCCUCCCGUCUCCUUGUAAUUUUAUUCUACUUUUUUUUUUGUCGUGUAAACCUAUUAUUUGUAACUGUAUAUGGAUUUAGUUUAGUUGUCCACACCAAAUGAUUUACCGAUUAAAAUAUAAAGAACAACCUAAACCAUGUCAUAUAAA